CGCAGAAUCGAGGAGUAUUACUUUUGUCGUUGGCAUCGUGAGAGAACGUGGAUUAAUUACAAUCAGAUGAAUGUAAACAGUGAAUAUUAAAAUUACACUGAACUUACAAAAUAAACGUGUAUUUAGUGAAUACAAAGUGACUAUUUAUGACGUUAGUGUAGGUAAAAGUAUACCUAAACUUUGAGAAUAUUGGGAAAAGUGUAGUGCUCAGGGAAUCUGAGAAUUAGCUAGUCUAUAAAUCUUUAAAAUAUGAUUGCUGAAACUCACUUAAGUUCAAUUCAUAUGAACAAUCUUAGCCAAAAUAAUAAAGGGGAUUUAGAAAAAAUGGAUGACUUAGGUUGGAAAUCCAAACUUAAAAUACCCCCAAAGGACAGGAGAAUUAAAACAAGUGAUGUUACUGACACGAGAGGAAAUGAAUUUGAAGAGUUUUGUUUAAAACGUGAACUUUUAAUGGGUAUCUUCGAGAAGGGAUGGGAAAAGCCAUCUCCUAUACAAGAAGCUUCUAUUCCCAUUGCUUUAUCUGGUAAAGACAUAUUAGCUCGAGCAAAGAAUGGUACGGGUAAAACUGGUGCUUACUGCAUUCCCGUGUUGGAGCAAGUUGAUCCUAAAAAAGAUUGUAUACAAGCUCUAGUAAUUGUACCGACUAGAGAAUUAGCAUUACAGACUUCACAGAUAUGUAUAGAACUCGCUAAACAUAUGGAAAUACGUGUCAUGGUGACUACUGGAGGAACAAAUCUUAGGGAUGAUAUCAUGAGAAUUUACCAGAAAGUUCAAGUUAUAAUCGCUACUCCUGGACGUAUACUGGAUUUAAUGGACAAACAAGUUGCAAAUACUGAACAUUGUAGAAUGCUUGUGCUGGAUGAAGCUGAUAAACUUCUUUCACAAGAUUUUAAAGGAAUGCUUGACCAUGUUAUAUCCAGGUUGCCCCGUGAACGGCAAAUUUUGCUUUUCUCAGCAACUUUUCCACUAAGUGUGAAACAAUUUAUGGAAAAGCAUCUUAAAGAACCAUAUGAGAUCAAUCUUAUGGAAGAACUUACAUUAAAGGGUGUAACCCAAUAUUAUGCUUUUGUACAAGAAAGACAAAAGGUUCAUUGCUUGAACACGCUGUUUUCAAAAUUACAAAUAAAUCAAUCAAUUAUAUUCUGUAAUUCAACUCAACGUGUAGAGUUGCUGGCAAAAAAGAUUACAGAAUUAGGUUAUUGCUGUUACUACAUACAUGCUAAAAUGGCUCAGGCUCAUCGUAACCGAGUGUUCCAUGACUUUCGUUCUGGCUUAUGCCGUAACCUGGUUUGUUCAGAUCUUUUCACACGUGGUAUUGAUGUACAAGCCGUGAAUGUUGUGAUAAAUUUUGAUUUUCCAAAAAUGGCUGAAACAUACUUGCACAGAAUUGGUAGAUCUGGCAGAUUUGGACACUUAGGUAUUGCAAUAAACCUCAUUACAUAUGAGGACCGAUUUGCCUUGCAUCGCAUUGAAUCUGAAUUGGGCACUGAGAUUAAGCCGAUUCCAAAAGUGAUUGACCCAUCUCUCUAUGUUGCCAAAUUGGAAGGAGAUGUACCGAUUGAAGAAAAUGUGAGCCAGUAAAUGUUAAGUGUACAUAUAGUUUAAGAAACAAUUUACAAACAAGUUUUGUGGGUGAAGUGCACACACAAACAUCAAGUGAGAGGUAUCUAUACUUUACACAUGAUAAAAUCAAAUCUUAAACAUAA